CAAACUCCAUCCAUUUCAAUUUGACAGUUUGUUGUUAGCUUUGUUUUGUUGUGUAAUGUUUUAGAGCUUAUUUUUAUUUUUUUAUACAUAUUUAUUGUAUUGAUAUAAAGUUUUAAGUUUUAAAUUAAAUUUUAUAAAAUAAAUGUUAUCCGCUAAGCAAACACUGUGCAUAAUUCUACGCCUACGCGACGAUACUACGAAAUACGAAACUUAUCAAUACGUAACAUGGAAACAUCGAUGUGAUAAGGUAUUUUUUAAAUUAUUUCUAUAAAAAUGACGUAAACCGCAACGGGGAAAUUCAGAUAAUAUAUUAUCAAGCGAGGCCGCCUCGCAUAAUCGAAACAGUCUAUUUGAUCAACGUAUCAAAGUACGCAAAUCAAAGGUCGCUCGGACAUAAAUCAACCGACAAUGACGGUUAAAGACAAAAUAUUGAAAGCGUUAAUAUUGGGUGCUCCAGCGUCUGGAAAAGGGACAAUUUCGUCUAGAAUUGUAAAAAAAUACAAUAUAGAACAUGUGUCUAGUGGAGAUAAGUUGCGGGAUCAUAUCGAAAAACAAACUGACCUAGGAAAGGAAGUGAAAUCGUACCUCAAUGAAGGAAAACUCGUGCCUGAUGAUGUAAUGAUCAAGUUUAUGAUAGCGGAGUUGCGUAAAGUGGAAAAUAAACCUUGGCUUUUGGACGGUUUUCCGAGGACAGUAGCUCAGGCCAAUGCUUUGUGGAAAGUGCAGCCUGUUGAUGUUGUUUUGAACUUAGUUGUGCCAUUUGAAGUUAUUAUUGACAGAGUGAAAAGCCGGUGGGUCCACUUGCCAUCAGGACGAGUGUAUAACAUAGGGUUUAACACACCCAAAAUAGAGGGCAAAGAUGAUGUAACUGGAGAGAAUUUGAUGCAGCGACCAGACGAUAAACCUGAGGCUGUACAAAAGAGACUUGAAAUAUAUGAAAAAGUUACUCGACCAGUUAUUAAUUUUUACAAAGAAAAAGGUAUACUAAAGGAGUUUGAAGGAAGGACAUCCGAUGAAAUAUGGCCCAAAGUUACAGCUUACUUAGAUCCUAUUUUUCAGAAGAUUUAGAAUGUUUGCAUUGUAGACGGUGGAGUUGUUUAGUCAUGUUUGAAGUGGUUUUUCUAUAGGAAUGUAGUCUAGAUAGAAACAGUAAGUUGUCAAUUAUGAGCACAAAAUAUUUCCUAUUUAUUUUAAUGUUCCUUAUACAAUCUCAUUUUAUUUUGUAAUACCUCUUCAAACUAUAUUAAUCUUAUUCAUAAAAUUAUACAUCUACAAAAAUGUGUAACAGUUGGUGCAAUAGAUAACUAGGUAGUACAACUAGUCUUCCAGUAGUUAAAAAUGUACUUAGAUAAUUGUAGUAAAAGACAUAAAUUGUUUUAAAGAAUUUUUUAUUCUGUAGAUUACUAAGUAGUAUAAUAGAAUAUUAAAUUUAUUUGUUUUUAUUAGAUUUUUUUUUAUCUACUCGUAGGUAUCACAUUUAUAGUACUAACUUUCUUUCUUCUUUCUUUCUAAGAAUAUUUUUUGUUUAUUACAUUUUAUGCACUGCAUAUAAUUGUAAUAUGUCCUAUAUCAUGUUUUGUACAAUUUCUUUUAUACACAAUUUAUUACAGUGAUUAAUUUUCAAAAACCACAUCAUUAGGAUUUCAAUGUUCUGAAUACAAAUUCUAAUCAGGAGGGCAUUAUAAUCAUCCUUUUUAGUCCCAUAAAGUUAUUUUUACACUUGUUUACUUAUUAGUUUUGUAACUAAAAAAUUGGCAUAUUUCCUAUCCAUUCUAGUCAAAUGGUUUCUAUGACAAUAUUUAUAUUGUUUUUAUACGAUAUAUUUUUAUUUUUGUACCUUGUUAAAGGCUCAAAUAUAUUUAUAAUUUUAAUACUAAUAUACAUAAUUAUUUAUCUCUGUUCUUGACAAACAUACCUAUAGUGUGUCCAAUGUUUGAAUCAUGGACAAUAAUUUUGUGCCUUAUUUUCAAUAUCUAUAAUAAGAUAACAAUUUGUAAGUUUGUACACCAAUGAAGAUAACAGCGAUUUUAAUAUAAUAAUUAACAUUAUGGUUAUAGUGACAUUUUGAUGAUUCAUUUUAAUCAUAAGUCAAUGGAGUUGGGUUUUAAAGUUUUAACACGAUUAGGGCUAUGGGUUUCAAACUGUAGUUACAUUCUUGUGUAAAUAAUAUGUAUUUAAAAUAUUUUUGGUUUGGAGUGAUAUUUAUUGUCUCAAAGAAAUUGUUACUGUUAAUUUUAAGAUUUCAUUUAUUUUAAGAGUUCAUUUAAUUUUAAGAAAUGAAUUUAAUCCAUUAUACAGAUAUCUAAAAGAGCACAAAGUUAUAUAUAAUAUUGUACCUGUUUGUUAAACUUUAUAUUUUCUAUUUUACAACUUAAUACAAUAAAUGAAACAGAACUGAAUGAAACAAAAUUUAUAUAAAAAUUUAUAAAAAAACAUUUGUUGAUAACUAUUUUGUUUUGCUUGUUGAAUCGUUUUAUAUUAAUAAAAUUUAA